UGAAGAUCUCAAAUUUUAGACAUUAAUUUACACAAAAAUAAAGGAAGAAAACCCAACCAAGAAAAAACACUGCAAAUUCAGCCAUUUCCCCACCAAAACCUGUGCAUAUUCACUCAUUUUUUCCCUCAAUAUCAAAUCCAGAGCAAUGGGAAAAGCCCAAAUUUUGCAGGUUUCCAACCCAUAUCUGCAAAUCUUGGCAAUUGUCAUGGUAAUCCAAUGCUUUAAUGUUUCAGUUGCAGAGAUAAGAGACACCAGAAUCCUCUCAGAUUCGAGACCGAUGAUUUUCUUCGAAAGGUUCGGUUUUACAAACACAGGCCAUGCCUAUGUUGCAAUCAAGAAUGUUUCAUGGAAGCUAAGACAUGGACAAUCUGAACUAGACCCCACUUCUAUGGGCUUCUUCUUAUUAACAGAAGCUUCUCACUGGAAAAUAAUGAAUGAAUAUGUGUACACACAGUUUUUUUGCAUCACUUCUAGCCAAUACAUCUUGCCUCUCUUUAAUCUCACAGACUUAGAAUUAGACUACUCUCAUAAUUCCACCAUUCAAGUCAUGCAACCUGAUGAAUAUACCUUAGUUUUUGGAAACUGUCAACCUGAAUUCGAAAUCAUCAUGGAUGUUCAUACUGAAAUGUAUAACAUGGAUGGAGAUGUGAGGGAUUUCCUCCCUUCUGGCCAAACCCAGCUACCCAUUUUGUACUUGUUUUACUUUGUGAUUUACUGUCUUUUCAUUGGGUUAUGGAUAAAUAUAUGCAUGAGACAUAGGAUGACCAUGGAUAAGAUACAUGUGAUAAUGGGGGGGCUUCUUUUUGUGAAGGCAUUGAAACUUGGAUGUGCAGCAGAGGAUCAAUACUUUGUUAAGAUGACAGGAACCCCACAUGGCUGGGAUAUAGCAUUCUAUGUUUUUGGGUUCUUCAAAGGAAUAAUGCUCUUUACCGUUAUUGUUCUUAUAGGUACCGGUUGGUCCUUUUUGAAGCCAUAUUUGCAAGAGAGAGAGAAGAAGGUCCUUAUGGUUGUGAUCCCACUCCAAGUGUUGGAGAAUAUGGCAUCAGUUGUGAUCGGAGAAUCGGGUCCAUUUGCCAAGGAUUGGAUCGCAUGGAAUCAUAUAUUUUUGAUCAUCGAUUUGGCUUGUUGUUGUGCUAUAGUCAUUCCAAUUAUAUGGUCUAUAAGGACUUUGAGAGAAGCAUUAAAAACCGAUGGAAAAGCAGCAAGGAAUUUAGAGAAACUGACUCUUUUUAGGCAAUUCUAUAUGGUGGUGGUUGGAUACUUGUAUUUCACUAGGAUUGUGGUUUCAGCCAUAGGGAGCUUGGCGAGCUACAGGUAUGAAUGGAUAAAGAAUUUGUCAGAGGAAGGUGCAAGUCUCGCAUUUUAUGUGUUUGUGUUCUACAAGUUUCGUCCUUUAGAGAGGAACCCAUAUUUUCUUGUGGAUGAUGAUGAGGGGAAGGCCGUUGCAGAGCUUGCACGUGCACUCGAGGAUGAAGAUGAAUUUGAGCUCUAAGUAUUGGUGACCAAGAAAUCUCUCUCUCUCUCUCUCUCUCUCUCUCUCUCUCUCCAGGAACCACAUCUAACCUGGUUAGGCUAGUUUUGGAUUUGUAGGCCUAAACAUACAUUUGCAGAGAGAGCUUACCAGACUACAUUUGAAAUACUGUAAUUCCCCAAGCUGUUAUUAUUGGUCCCAAUGAGCUUGUUUGCAUUC